CAUGUGUGAUUUAGGGAUGAUAUUGUAAGGCGAAAUUAGAUGCCAGUUAUUCUCCAAGGGUUAAGAAUAAGCAUAUUAAUUAUUGCUUCCAAUUUACCUCAUAGUUUUCUACUUAUGUCACUCAGCAAUUUCAACCUCAAAUGUUAGCCUGCUUGUGGACUUUUCCCAUUCAUAGUCAGGGAUUUAUAAUUCAAACCCAUUUAAAUUAUGUACACAAUGAAUUAACCAUGGGCUUUUUGGAAUGAGAAAUCUUAUCAUUUUUUCCUCAUGGUAUGAUGUAAGUCAUGCUCUGAGGUCUAGGGUUUGGGGGCAAAAUUCAAUUAAAAAUCACUCACUCACUUUGUUAGACAUUAAUUUAUGCAUUAAACCUGGAUUAAACACUUUUCCUCCCCUUCCCUGACAAGUUUCCCUGUUCAAAGUCAUGGUGUACGUAUAUUUGGGGGGUGGUACAAAGGUGAGAAUAUGCCGAACUACAUUGGACAGAUUCAAAUGGCGUCCCAUCCCUUGAAGUGUGCAUGGUUUUUUUUAUUCCAAACUUGAUCAAAACACCUUUGUGGAGCCAAAAAUGGAAAGGAAAUAAAUUAUGCUACAGAAUACUUGACUGCAGAGAAAUGGGUGACUGAGUCCUAAAAGUGACGAUAACAUGAACGAUUCGUGCGUGAAGACCCAAACACUGCGAAUAUGAAGUGAACUUAAGCUUACUGCAAAUUGCAACCUGCCUAUCAGCCUUAACCCUUUCCGACUCCCAUGAGUGACCAAGACAGAAUUUCUUCUUACAACUUCAAUACCACAUCGACCAGACAGCACUUCAAUUUGGUGGAAGGAAUCCUUCUCGGAAGUUUGCUGAAAAAUAUUGGAAGCACGAUACUGAUAGUAUAUCUUACAAUGAUUUCUGUGACAUUAUGAGGAAGGAAAAGCCUCUCGACAAGGAAGCUAUGUUAAAAGCAUUCAAAUGUAUAGAUACCAAUGGUGAUGGAUUCAUAACACAUGAUGAAUUGUUCAGACUGUUGACAAAGCAAGGAGAACGCAUGACCAAAUCUGAGGUGCAGGCAAUUCUAGAUGAUGCUGAUGUAAACAACGAUGGAAAACUGGAUUAUAAUGAGUUUGCGGCACUACUUGUUACUACAGCAGAGGACUGGAAACAGAAAAGCCUUAAGAAACUAGCAAGAGCUGAUGAUGAUGAUGUUACUUCUCCUUCUUUAUCAAAUUCUGGUACAAAUAGAAGACAGUCCAUAAGUAGAAAAAUCCUUCAGGAGCCUGGAAACUUGAUGGAUUGGAAUAAGGGAAGCAGCAAGGGCAGUUUCUUUAUCGACAAAAAGGGAAUGAUUUCUAGUCAUCAUUAUAAACUGCACCUCACAAAGGACUCUGAAGUCUUUCUUACCAUCCGAUCGACUAAAAACAAGAAAGCAGAUCAACUGAGAGCAAUAGACAUGGCAGUGUUCUGUAUAGACAAGAAUUCAGAAGUGGUUGCAUUUACAGAGUCCAAACUUGGGCCAAAAUAUUGUUUUCGCUGUGAGCUGGAAAAAGGGACAUACAGUUUAAUAACAUUCACAACUGGUUGUUGGCUCUCGGUUAGAGAAGCAGAACCUGCCAAACUAGUGAACCUCACCACAGGCCAUGGAGAAAACCUCAAACUAAGCAAGAUCUUUAAGGAAGCCCUGUCUGAAAUCUUUGAUGGUUGUGAUCUCAAUGGGAAUGGAUAUUUAAGUCGUGAAGAAUUUGACUUGUUUCAGUUUAAAUCUGGUGGAGACCUUUGUGAUGAUGAUGCAUGGGAAAUUAUGAAAGGUAAUUUUGAAAUGAAGGAUGAUGAAAUAACUCUGAAAGGAUUCCUGGACCUGAACAUGAUGGAAGCACAAGAUGCAGAUGGUGAUCCUAAUGACCUAUGGCUGACUCUUGAGAAUAUGGGCUAUAACAAAGCCCUUGAGUUGGAUCAGGCAAGUCCAUUUUUGCUUGAGGUGUUUUGUAACAGGUGUAGGCCAACAAUAGAAGUGAAUUCAGUUGUGGAAAACAAGAAUGAAGCUGUACGUAAAGCUGUGGUAUCAUCAGUGUUAAACAAUGUAACCAAAAAGGAAAAUAUAAAGGGGAUGAGGGACCUAGUUUUGUUCAAAUAUGAAAGUGCCAUCAGAGUGACCAUGGCAUUACAGAACAUGUCCCACAGUGAUGUGGUUGUCAGAGUGGACUGUAGCUCCAGUAAGAAUUGUUUAAGCCACAGAGGCAAUCUAGAUUAUACAAUCCAAGUCGAUGCUAACAGCACUGAGGUUGUUCAUCAUUUUGUACCCCAGGAUGUGCGCAGGGAAAUGUUUGUCAAAUAUUCUUUGAGGAUAGAAUAGUGAUCUUCUUUGCUCUGAGAACAGAAAUACAAAAGGCCAUGAAAAUAACAAAUUCCACCUUCCUGAAGUUUCAUUUUUUCAGAACAUUGACUGAAGGCUCAAAAGUACAUAACAUGUUCAAGGGUGGGACAACCCUUACAGAUGUACUUUUUGCACCAAUACCUGUUGACCGCAUUUAAUUUUUCGAGGAGAUCCGUUUUAAUUUCAAAUCCAACUGAGAUGAGCAUAUGGAAAUUUUUAUUUCUAAAUUAAGCCUCACCAAAACCAAGGUAAUAAAGCAAAUGGAAACAAACAGUGGGUUAGAGAAGCCACUAUUGUAAUCUUCAGGAGGAGUGGCAAUAUUUUCAGAAAUUAGGGUAAGUGAAAAAAAAAAAACAAUUCUUAUACUCCUGCUGGGAGAGAAAAGCGUCUACGGCAUGAAAACGAAAGGUGUGGAUAUGCAAAUGUGAUACUUCAUGAAGUCUUACACAACAUACCUUUACUGCUGAUCAUUAACGUGAACUCACGGGAGACUCACAAGAGGCGAGCGAAAGCUGUUUAUGUUGCGUAUUCAAAAUUAUGAGCAAAAUUUCAGCUUUUCAAGACUGAACGGUGUUCUUUUCAGCAAGAGAACGUUCAACCUCGAUAUUUAGUGGCCUGUCAUCGCCAGCUUUAUGUAAAAGCCAUGUGAAAUGAUAGAUUGCGGCGGAACUUUGGACCUUGCAGGUGAGGUGAUCAAGACAAUUCCAAGGAUAAUUUCCCUGAAACGUUCUAAAAGAUUGCAUGUUGACUUCGCUGUGGUGAUUUGCUUGAUUUAAGGACCUAUGAUCACUUUAAAGAGAGGAAAAUUCGUUUGUAGCUUGUAACCGACUACCUUUCGUUUAGUCAAAGAAUAAACACGUACGUAUUUAUGCUUGAAUAUGAAACGAAAACAUACUUAACAAUUCUAAGAUUUCUUUGUCAACAACUGUGCAUUUGGAGUUACUACAAAAGAGUACAACGAUUUUGCAAUUAUGUUGUGAUUGGUUUUUUAGAAGAAGGAGUUUGCAGUUUUUAGUUUAAUAGUGAAUUUGGGACAAACCCGUUUUAGAUCGAAUAUACACUGAUUAAAAAAAUGAAAUUGUCGACAGGAAAACACUGAUGUUGAGAAAUAAUGGUGUGAACCUCAUUUUAAUUAUGACGACACAAGGGAAGAUCUUAUCACAUUGCAGUGCAAAUUUUAGCAUUUCUUCUUUGUCAUGAUACAAUUAAAAUAUGUUUCAACUGGA